ACUCCUCUGGUUCACUCCUCCUGAACUGAACUUCCUCUUUACAACAAAAUGGUGCUCAAGUCUGUCACAGAAAGCUUCGCCAAAACAAUCCACGGCUUGAAAGCGGGACACCUGACAGAUCGUGCUAUUCAGAGGAGCAAGAGGAUGAUUCUAGACACUCUGGGUGCUGGGUUCUUGGGAACCAGUACAGAAGUGUUUCACACAGCCAGCCAAUAUAGCAAGAUCUACAGUUGCAAUAUAUCCAGCACUGUUUGGGGUCGGCCGGACAUCAGGCUCCCACCCACAUAUGCUACUUUUGUGAAUGGUGUGGCUAUUCACUCCAUGGAUUUUGAUGACACGUGGCACCCUGCCACCCACCCUUCUGGGGCUGUCUUUCCUGUCCUCACAGCUUUAGCAGAAGCUCUCCCAAGAAGUCCGAAGUUUUCUGGCCUUGACCUGCUGCUGGCUUUCAAUGUUGGUAUAGAAGUGCAAGGCCGAUUACUGCAUUUCGCCAAGGAAGCCAAUGACAUACCAAAAAGAUUCCAUCCCCCUUCUGUGGUAGGAACGUUGGGUAGUGCUGCUGCUGCGUCCAAGUUUUUAGGACUUAGCUUGACAAAGUGCCAAGAAGCCCUGGCCAUUGCUGUUUCCCAUGCUGGGGCGCCCAUGGCAAAUGCUGCCACUCAAACCAAGCCCCUCCACAUUGGCAAUGCUGCCAAGCAUGGGAUAGAAGCUGCUUUUCUGGCAAUGCUGGGUCUCCAAGGAAACAAGCAGAUCUUGGACUUGGAGGCAGGACUUGGGGCCUUUUAUGCCAACUAUUCCCCAAAAGUCCUUCCAAACCUACAUUCCUACAGUUGGCUGCUGGACCAGCAGGAUGUGGCCUUUAAGCGUUUUCCUGCACAUUUAUCUACCCACUGGGUGGCAGAUGCAGCUGCAUGUGUAAGAAAGCGCCUUGUAGCAGAGAAAACUCUGCUUCCAAUUGACCACAUUAAGAGGAUUGUGCUCAGGAUUCCAAACGUCCAGUACGUAAAUAGGCCCUCUCCAGACUCGGAGCAUGAAGCCCGUCAUUCAUUCCAGUACAUAGCCUGUGCCAUGCUGCUUGAUGGUGGCAUCACUGUCCCCUCAUUCCAUGAAUGCCAGAUCAACAGGCCACAGGUGAGAGAGCUGCUCAGUAAGGUGGAGCUGGAGUACCCUCAGGACAAUUUGCCAAGCUUCAACACACUGUACUGUGAAAUAAGUGUCACCCUCAAGGAUGGAGCCACCUUCACAGAUCGCUCUGACACCUUCUAUGGGCACUGGAGAAAACCACUGAGCCAGGAGGACCUAGAGGAAAAGUUCAGAGCCAAUGCCUCCAGGAAGCUGUCCUGUGACACAGUGGAGAGCCUUAUAAAGAUAGUCAAAAAUCUAGAAGACCUAGAAGACUGCUCUGUGUUGACUACACUUCUCAAAGGACCCUCUCCACCAGAGAUGGCUUCAAACUCUCCAGCAUGUAAUAAUUCCAACACACAAUUUCUUCUGAGACUUACCAACAUCUAAAUGACUUUGCAUUUGGGGAGAUUCAAUGA